AUGACUUCCAUGAUCGACUCACCUGGUCGCCUGUUGGCCCCAUUGCCUUCGACAUUGCUCAUGAACGAGCACUUUCAAAUGUCUCUGAAUUUUGCCAGAAUCGAGAAGCUCCUUCUCGUGUGCAGGUGCCCCAAGCCAUUCUUGAUGUCGAGGCUGACUCGAUUCUGCCGAGACGAGGAUAAGUGCGAGUUCUCCUGGCUUGUUCCCUACAACGAGAGGGGAAGCGUGUCUGUGAUGUACAUUCUGGCCAUUGUGCUGGAUGAGACCGACACCAAAUCGGAACGAGAAUGCAUGCCACGACAUCGCAUCAGACGGCAACAGGUGUUCAUGUUUCUCCCUGGAGCAGCAGCUGCUGGAUAUCCGAUGGAGCCAACGUACCUGGAUUUCUGCUACAUGCAGGGUCUACACAUGAACCACUCGACGGCAAGCAAGCAGAAAGCGGACGAGUGGCUCUCAAAGGCUGCAGCCCAAGGAUUCACGUACGCCCAGGCGAUGCUCGAGCAUUUUGCCCAGAAAACAUGGCCACUGACGACGAUUCAGAGGAGGUAG